AUGGCCUCGCCUGCCUUCUCCGCCGUGCCCGACGAGGUCCUCGCGCGGGUGAUGUGGGCGCACCCACGCCGGUGCGAGGUGCGGGCGCUGGCCAGGCGGUGGCGCUCGGUGGCGGGAUCCCGCUUCGCCCUGCGGCGCCUCGCGGCGCCCCGCUCCCUGCGCUUCUGCGUGGACUUCGAGGUGGACCGCUGCAUGUCCAAGGAUACGUACACCGCCGCGUUCGAGGCGGGGGGUCCAGAGCAGGCGCUUGGAGGCAUCGAGGGCACGGUCGCGUUCCUGAACUGGGCCCCGGUGUACUAUCGCAGCGCCAUCGGGGAGCGGCGGGACGUGCGCCACCGCCUGCUGCAGGCCGACGCGUGCGCCCUCUGGCGCCUGAUCGCCGGCCUCCUGGCGGGGCCGCGCGGCGACCUGCCGCCGAGCGGGCCCCCCGCCGGGCCGGGCUGGGGCCCUCCGCCCGAGUUUUAG